AUGGUUGCUGUCAAAUUACAAAAGGAGGAAAACAGACAAGCUUUCCUCAAGGUUUUCCCUACCCUCGCUGACGAGGUGCUUUUGGAGCUUCGCAAGUACAACAUGCCUGAAGAUGCUUAUGAAUGGACAAAGAAGAUGUUGUAUUACAAUGUGCCCGGUGGCAAGUUGAACCGUGGCAUCUCUGUUGUUGAUACUGUUCGUAUCUUGAAGGGUGAUGCUGUUACCGAGGAUGAUAUCUUCAAGGCCACUGUUUUGGGCUGGUUGAUUGAAUUUCUUCAAGCUUUCUUUUUGGUUUCCGAUGAUAUUAUGGAUGCUUCCAUCACUCGUCGUGGUCAACCUUGUUGGUACAAGAGCGAGGGUGUUGGCAUGGUUGCCAUCAAUGACGCGUUCAUCCUUGAAUCUUGUAUCUACAUCUUUUUGAAGAAAUACUUCAAGAAGACCGACUAUUAUAUCGAGCUCGUUGAGUUGUUCCAUGAAGUUACUUUCCAAACUGAACUCGGCCAACUCUGUGAUCUUAUCACUGCUCCUGAGGAUGAUGUCGAUUUGAGCAAGUUCUCUAUCAAGAAGCAUCAAUUCAUUGUCAUCUACAAGACUGCCUACUACUCCUUCUAUCUUCCUGUCGCAUUAGCCAUGCAUAUGGUUGGUAUCAAGAACGAGGAAGCCUUCAAGCAAUCUCACGAUAUUUUGAUUCCCUUGGGUGAAUAUUUCCAAGUCCAAGAUGACUAUCUUGAUUGCUACGGUGCCCCUGAAGUCAUUGGUAAGAUCGGUACUGAUAUCAUGGACAACAAGUGCUCUUGGUUGAUCAACCAAGCUUUGGCUUUGGCUAACCCCGAACAACGCAAGAUCCUUGAUGAAAACUAUGGCCAAAAGAACGCUGAAUCCGAGGCCAAGGUCAAGCAACUCUACCUUGAUCUCAAUAUUGAGUCUGUCUACAAGGCUUAUGAAGAAAAGUCUUUCAAUGAUUUGAAUGCAUUGAUUGAAAAAUUAGAUGAAUCCGUUGGUGUCAAGAAGAUGAUCUUUACUGAAUUCAUGGAUAAGAUUUACAAGCGUACCAAAUAA